UCGGGCAAAAACACAGCUGGUCUAUGAUCUCCGAAGCAAGCUGACGGUCGGAACGCUAUCAAUGUGAUUUUCGUGUGAUUCUCAGCCGAUCUACCGGUCAGAUCGCGAGGGUACGGAAGCGAGCGUGCGUCGAGAAAUCGUUCAAGUGCUCGGGGGUCCCAGUGUUUGAUGUGUGUGCUUAAAUGUAUGCAAAACUUAGUAAACGCGGUGUCACCACGAGGAUUUUUCACUGCCCUGGAUACAAAGCAGUCUCGAGAGGUGCUUCGAGCGUCCUUUCGGCAACGGAAGCACGGAGCGAAAAAAUGUCGCCGGUAAAGCCGUAAUUCAGCGAGCUUUAUAGGAGGGAAGCGGAAGUCGCGAAACGGACGGAUCGAGGCGGGGCAAGGAAGAAAAUGGCGUCCACCAGCGGGCACAAGAGGAACGGCUCGAGCUCGAGCAUGUUCGCCCACAAACGCACCGAGUCCGGCGGCGGUUUCAUCGGCCACAAACGCUCGGAGAGCGGUCACAAACGGGCCGAGAGCAUAUCCAGUGCCUUUGGCCACAAACGAUCCGAAAGUGGCCACAAGAGGAACGAGAGCGGCGGCGGUUUCGGGCACAAAAGGUCCGAGUCUGGCAGCAAUUACCAUGCCGGGCAUCGAAGGAACGAGAGCAUGUACGCUAUGACGGGGCUGUACGCGGAGACCGCGGGAACGGGCGCCGACGAGACCACAGACCCGUUGCAGGCGACCGGCAGCAGACUGACUCACGACACCGUCAUCAGGUGUCACAGUAGAAAUCCCAGUUCUGGCCUCGUGGACCAUAGAGAUUUUAUCAUCAAAUGUCACAGCAGGAAUCCCAGUGCUUCCAUGGUGGACAGGACGGAAAAGGAGAGAGCGCAAACACCGCCGUUUAAUCCGGACUCGAAGGACUGUGGGAUCCUGAGCUGCAGACCGGCCUUUAUACAGAGAUUCGCCGGAAUAAAGGUGUUUGUGUUCCUUCUAUCGUUUCUCGUCACGUUGCAGCAGGCACUUAGUUCAGGUUACAUAAAUUCUGUGAUCACGACCAUAGAGAAAAGGUUCGAAAUCCCGUCCAGCCUAUCAGGCGUCAUUGCGAGCUCCUACGAGAUCGGAAACGUCAUUACAGUCAUCUUUGUCAGCUAUCUCGGUAGCCGCCGACACAUACCAGUUUGGAUAGCGAUUGGCGCUGUUAUAAUGGGACUCGGAUCGAUGAUCUUUAUGGUGCCACACUUCACAGCCGAGCCUAAUUUGAUGACGGCUGCGAACAACUCUAGCUCCGACAACAUUUGUCGGGGAGUAUCUUUGCGCGAACAGGAUAUGGGUCUUGGUCGUUUGUCGUCUGGAUUAUCAUCUCCACCGUUAGCACCACACAACAAUUUAAGAGGCGAUAAUUGCAUUCAAGGAUCCCCAUCCACCGCUGGCCCUGUUAUGUUAUUUGUACUUGCUCAGUUAUUAUUAGGCUGUGGUGGUUCUCCUCUCUUUACUCUUGGUACUACUUACAUAGAUGACCACGUUCGUCCAGAAAGUGCUUCUUUAUAUAUUGGUUGUAUGUACAGUAUGGCAGCCUUUGGACCUGUCUUAGGCUUCCUCCUUGGAGCUUACUUAUUAUCGUUUCACAUGGAUUCGUUUUCUGGAACUAUUAUCAGUAUAGAUCCAGGCGACCACAGAUGGGUCGGCAUGUGGUGGGGUGGAUUUCUGCUCUGCGGUUUGCUCUUAAUCUUAGUCGCCAUUCCGUUCUUCAGUUUCCCGAAAACGCUGCAACGCGAGAAAGAGAAGAUACGUAUAAUCGAGAAAAAUAAAUCGUCGUCGCAGAAGGAAAAAGAACAGUGCAAAGAACCGAAGAAAGAGAAGCUAGACGAUAGUGGUUACGGCAAGGAUGUAAAAGAUAUACCCAGAAGCAUGUGGAGGCUCAUGUGCAAUCCGGUGUAUGUGGUCACGUGUCUGGGUGCCUGCAUGGAGUUGGUGAUCGUUUCCGGUUUCGUGGUGUUCCUGCCGAAGUAUCUCGAGACCCAGUUCAGCCUGGGGAAAAGCCAAGCGAGCGUGUUCACCGGUUCGAUAGCUAUACCGGGCGCCUGCAUCGGGAUCUUCUUCGGCGGGUGUUUGCUCAAGCGUUUAGAAUUAAGGCCGAAGGGUGCGGUCCAGUUCGUCCUCGUCUCGAACAUCAUAUGUCUGGUCUGCUACGGCCUCCUGUUUUUCCUCGGCUGCGACAACGUUAAAAUGGCUGGGACCACUAUUCCGUACUUUAACAGCAGCACGAAGGGCCCAGAGCCCUUCCAAGUAAAUCUCACUGCCGCAUGCAACUUCGGUUGCGAGUGUCGAAUGACGGACGUCGAGCCCGUCUGUGGAAACAACGGUCUGACCUACUUCAGUCCAUGUCAUGCGGGCUGCACUGCCUUCAGUUCGAAAUCGAAUUUCACUAACUGUGCAUGUAUACAUGGAAACUUAACAAUGUUGCCACCGGCAGCUCCGGAAUUCGCAGAAGUGACAGUGGUACCGGUAGCGACUGCCGGCCCGUGUACUUCACCCUGCAGAACUAUAUUCCCUUUCUUAAUAUUACUUUUCUUUAUGACCUUCAUCGUCGCUAUCACCCAGAUGCCGCUACUGAUGAUAGUGUUGAGGUCAGUCUCGGAAGAAGAACGGUCGUUCGCUUUGGGCAUGCAGUUUGUAAUAUUUCGACUGUUCGGUUAUAUACCUGCUCCUAUUUUAUUCGGCAACUUGAUUGACUCUACGUGCUUACUUUGGAAAAGUACAUGCGGAGAGAAGGGUGGCCGAUGCUUGCUGUACGACAUCGAACAGUUUAGAUACAGAUACGUUGGUCUGUGUGCUGGCAUUAAGAUUUUAGCACUGGCACUGUUCCUCAUUGACUGGUGGCUGGUUAGGAGGAGAAGGCAGUUGGAAGACCAAGCGCCGUCUUUCACUGUGAACGAAUUCGUAGGGUCAAUUAUAAGUCUUGACAAAUUGUUCGAGGAGAAGCCGCACCAUCACAACAUGGUGGACGGAGACGGUACUGCUCCGAGUUCCGAAAUGGCCACACCUUCUUCGAUUUCGUCGCCCACGGAGCCCACGAAGUCAACCAACCUGGAGGAGACCGGAUCGUCGAAUCAAACGCAAGAUUCGACAGAAUCGGCGAACCGAUCGAAAAGUGCAAUGGACGUCGAGGUACCGGACACGAGGCAAGCGCCCCUCGCCAUUGAAGAGCCGGACGUGGAGGUGAAGCCUCUGACUGGUAAAAUGGAGAACCAUGCACGGAACGUUUAAUGUUCAUCUUAUGUUAGAGGCUAUGCAAUUGAUUCUAUAUCAAAGUGGGUGAUACGCUGAUCGAUGGCAAAUCAUUUUGUCGUCGAAGCUAACCUCUAACGGUACAUGUACCUAGAACGUACGUGCAUUAUUGAUUUGUGCAAUCCUAACGGGGAUUCCCCCUUGUGACUCUGUGAAGAAAACGGGCUGGUUAGAGCGGAGGUGUGGAUCCAUGUAUUUAUGGUGCUAAUAUACUUUUUUAAAGAGAUUUAACGACGAGUGACCAUGUUUAAAUUCCGUUGGAAGUAUAAGUGAAUCGUACAUUCAUAUAUUCUUGCACGCAUGCAAGUCCGACGAUAUUUUUACAAUGAUUACAUUUGCGUGGGAAGUAUCAUUUAUGGUACGAAAUGAUUUGCCAUGGAUCUCCAUUUAUGGUUUGGCUAUUUUUAGGAACUUAUAUCACUAGGGUGUACAUUUUUACGAUGAUGCGAUUCUGCAAGGUGAUUUGAGUGAUCCGUCGCCAUACCGUGUCUCAAUAAUCGGUGAAAAUAUUUCAAAGAUUCUUGAGAGUGAUUUAAUGACAAAGGCAGGUAAAAUUGUUUGUUACGUGUUUUAAUGAAGUUAUGUUCCUGUUUUUACUGAAUUUCUUUUUAUUUAGUGAUACGUAGUAUGUAUGAAUAAACUUUUCUAAUGACCUUGAACUGUACUUCUCGUAAAAAAUAGAGUUUAUGGUGUAAAAAGUAUAUUAGGACCUGUUUUAUAUAGUGUCAAGUAUUCAAAACAGCUAGGUUUUCUGUGGAAUUCCCAUUACACGUUAAUACCCGCGAAUAACGCUCCAUAAUAGUAAGUGUUACUACAUCACUACUGCUACAGUUAUAAUUAUCUAGAGAAAGCAUAGAGUAAACAAACAUGAUAUAAGAUGUGACGCAAAUACCAUUUGAGAUAAGGAUCCAAUAUCACAGCGGAACUUAUGAUCAUAAUAUUUUUAAAGUGAAGAUCAACUCAAGGUCAAUCGGCAAAUACACAUUUGUAUUCACCUUGUCUUCGACUAUUCAAGAUUACCUUGAAAUGUAAAAGGAAAUAAUUUUAAGCAACUUACAUGCUUUUAAUCGUCCUUUCUUUGUCAUUAAAUCAGCGUAAAGAAUUGUCGGCAUCAUUAGACGCUGAGACGAACUGGUAACGGAUGUUAAGGGUCACCCUGCGUAUGUCAAUAAAUAGGAACAUAAUAGGUGAACAAAGGUGGCUCGUUUCAGACACGCGGAACGAGACGCGUUGUAACCGGUGUUUAACUAAUUGCGAAAAUUCGCGUUGUCCGAAACGAGUUCCGACGAAACCAGCCUUGAACGGUUUUGCGAAACAAAAUAAACGAAGACAAAAACAGAUUAUAGGGAAAAGAAAGGGAAAAGCAAAGGCCAACAAGGACAAACGUUGUAAAUAUAAAAAUUCCUGCCUUAAGAAAUACAAGACUAGACAAACGUAUAUUUAAAACAGAAAAAAAAUGUAAUUGACUAAGUGAUAGAGUUAACGAUCUAUAUGAAUAUCAUUGAUUGCAGAUCGAGAGCUGCGAUUUAUUUUAUAACUAGUGGUUAGGCUUUCUCAGAAAUGAAGUAGUCAAUUUAACAUAGUGAUGUAAACGGACGACAAGGAUCGUAGUUGACUCGUUUGCGAAUACUUUUCAAACA